CCGCUGUGGCGAGUCGAUUUCACCGAGCCUUCGAAUCCAAGCCCGAACGGAGCGAAGAAGCGUCGCCGCGAUCACCCAGAGAAGUAGAACUAUCUCAAGGAGGGAUUUGACGAAAUGCUCGACAAUAAUCGCGGUUCGAUUGGCGCUCAGUACCUGCGAGAUGCCGAAGCGAACAAAGCCGCUCGGUCCUAGGGCGCUGCGCUGACCACUGCAGCUCAGGAGGAUCAAGAGCAAUCAGCAAUGCAGCCAGAGCUCAUGCCGCGAAUCUACGGUCCUACGAAGCUCCAUAUGAUGGGCUCUGAUCCCGUCGCCGAUAAAGAUACGACCAGAGGUUGCGUCGAUCCAGAGUCUCAACAAGCUCAGAGCAAAGCAAUGGCAGCGCUCGCAGCCAAGCCGGCCAGAGCCAGACUCAAUCCUAAGUUCAGCGCGCCGCCGACGAGAAUUGCAGAUGUGCACCGUUGAGCCCCGUCACUCCUNNCGAGCUACUUGNUGAGCUGUAAUGCAAUGCUCGGCACCUUAAUGAGUCGCUAAGCGAAAUGAGCCGUCCGCUUUUCGACUGCUNUGCUGCGAAACAACAAUGGCGCUCUUGCUCGCGGCAUCUCUCGCAAGCGUUGCAGCAUGUGAAAUACUGCCAUGCAGGACGACUGACGAGACGGUGUUAUGUGAAAUGUAUUCCAGGCCUGUGGAGGUCUGCGAGCAAGCGGAGGGAAUUUUCGACGCCUCAUCUUGGCUCCUCUGGU